AUGCUAUCCACGUGUGCUUCCAAUCUCGAGAAGCAGAGAGACGAUUUUGUUCGACUGAAUGGAUGGGAAACUUGGGAUAUCGACUAUGUUAGACCAUCAUCGAUUGGCUUGCAUGAGUUCGUCAAUCAGCGCAAGGCCACGCUGGAACCAGUUCUUAAGAAUAGCUCCUCUGAAGGAGAGUGGUUUUUGGAACAUACAGACCUGUUACCAAGGCUUGUGGCAUUGGUCAAAGACACACCAAGGCUGGUUGUAUUAGCAGCAGGGAACGAGGAUGAUAUCGACAACAAUGAUGGACACAAUGCGGAGGAUACAGAUCACGACAAAGAAAGGUUGGAGGGAAUCGCGACACUGUGUCACCAGAUGGAAGUGGCUAUUGAGUACACUGAGCUGUGUGAACAAGUGAUUGGACAUAUCGACGCGGAAAUUAGUCAAUGCAUGAGCACGGUCUUUGAGAUCAAGGAGAAACGGCUCGAGUCUAGUUUCACAGGGCAGAUUUCUGCAUCCCAACUCGACCAUGUGGCCAAAGAAGUAUACCCUUGGUUGACUCGUCAGGACAAAAGUAUCAAGGAGACCUUCUGUCAACUCAACGAUACCAAGAUUAAGCCGCUGACUGUGUCUCUCGGUUUCAUUCCCGAGAGGGUGGCCCAGUUCUCUUCCAGAUGUGAGCCCAUUUUCCCGACAUUUUCAUCUCUGGUGAACAUGAACUGGACCAAUCUGGAACAGCAGUGGCACAAUCUUAAGGGGGAGUUUGCAUUGGUGAAUGAGGAGUUGUCGACCAAGAAAUGGUCUUCGAUUCUGCAGUUGGCCAUCGACCAGCUCGGUGAAGAUCUCGACGCGGCAUUACUGACUGUUCUCCAGCGAGUCUGCAACGACAAGAACAUGUUUGUGGAGGAAGUUAAGGUUCUAUCGACUAAGAGACUGUCUACCAACUCGUCAAUCUUCUCCGAGUGCUCUGAAACCACAGAGAUAUCGGAUCAUGGAGCCAUCUCGCCACGGCUGUCAUUCGCACCCCAGUUUCCCGUCAAUAGAAGACUGCAUAUGCGAGUUGUGUCUCUGGACAGAUUCUCACCCAAGCCUGUGAUCAAACGACACUCAACCAGCGAGAAUCACGUACUUCGAGAUAUCGACAGCAGCAAAUUGAACCAGCAAAUUGAAAGCGACAAACAGCUUCAGGAGCGAAACGACUAUGCAAACAUAUCCUCUUCUGAUUUAUCCAACUCUUCUUCUUCGUCAGUGAUUGUGUCUACACCUGACUCAGACGCACUGGAGGCAUCGGAGCCAGUGGUACCUCUCAAAGACAUUCAGUUGCCUCCAUCCACCAGUUCACACAAGAAGUCUCCGUUGCAUGAUAUGAGUGUCAUCAUGGAGACGUUGGAGUCUAUUGAGUCUCCUACAGCUUCUCUAGGCGAAGGGACCACUUUGAGGGACUCUAAGGACUCAAAGUGUGGCUGCAACAGCGGACCCAUUCCCAAUGCUGCCAUUUUCAACAAGUUUAGAAGUCUCAAGACAACUAAAUCUUUCAUUCCCGUUACUAACUCUCCAAACAGACUGCUCCACAGAUACCCCCAACUGGGCAGCAAACCUUCCACUCCCGAUUCAGCAUCCAUCUGCUCGCUAUCAUCUUGUUCCGAUACGUCUUUUGGAUCAUCUAUCGGUUCUACUUCUACAGUGAAGCUAGGUGAGACUCCUUCUCUUCAGCCUAACGGUUCAAGCAGACAGUCUCUCAUUCCCCUACCUUCUCCAAACCGGCCUGCCAGCCGAUCGUCAUCUAGACUAGGCUCCUACGCGACCCCCUUGGCUACUCCUACUCGAAAGCCUCGUCUGAGUUACUCAGGAACUGGAGCUGCCGGUCUUUCAGGUAUGCGGUCGGUUAGCGACACCCCCGUCCUGACCGACGCCUCUAGGCGACGUAGCGAGUCCAGCACAAGCAGCAACAGUCGCCGAAGCUCCUUUCUCCCUUCACCUGUGAAGCGUCAAUCUCUGAUGCCUCCCAGUACUCCUCGAGCAGUGUCAAGAGAAGGAUACAACUCGUACCACUCUGGACGAGUGUCUCGGGAAGGCAUUAGAGGUGCUUCUUCUCGUGAUGGUAUGUCUCUUGCCAACGCUGGCGUGCGUAUCGCCAAACCAGUGGUCCGGUAG